AUGGAACUAGGCGAAUCCAAACCGCAAGCAAUGGCCAGGUUUUUGAAUGGUGAAAAGAAGUUGGAGAAAUAUCCAUCACUAAAAGCUGAAUAUAUAACCUUCAUGCGAGAGUAUUGGGAACUGGGUCAUAUGGUGCAAGUACCGAUGGAGAUGAAAGGAAAAUAUUACUUACCGCAUCAAGCAGUGAUCAGAGAAGAUAGCCGAACAACGAAAGUGCGAGUGGUGUUUGAUGCAUCAGCGAAAACAUCGAAUCAAAGAAGUUUGAAUGACAUAAUGCACACUGGACCUAAACUUCAACGCGAUAUAUUUGAUAUAAUGUUGAAAUGGCGUUUAUGGAAGUAUGUAUUGACAGGAGACGUGGAAAAGAUGUAUCGGCAGAUUGUAGUGAGGCCAGAAGAUCAAGAAUAUCAAUACAUACUUUGGAGAGAGAACAGAGCGGAACCAAUAAAGCAAUAUCGUUUAACAACAGUAACAUAUGGCACAUCAGCGGCGCCGUUUCUGGCAGUAAGGUCACUAUUUAUGAUAGGUGAUUACUGCAAAGAGGAGAUGGUGAAAAAUAUUAUAAAAGAAGAUUUUUAUAUGGAUGACCUCAUGACUGGAGCUGAUACUGUAAAGGGAAGUCAACAUAUUCUGCAAUCAGUGGCACAGCAGCUGCAGAAGUUUAAUUUUCAUUUGAGAAAAUGGAUUUCAAAUGACCCUAAAAUUACGGAAAUUGUAGAAAAUCGAGGACGCAAUGAAGUUAUAUCGAUUAAAGACGACGGGUCCAUAAAAACCUUGGGUGUUGGGUGGGAUCCCAAUAUGGACCACUUUCGAUUCAACGUCAGCUUUAGUCAUCCUUCACAAAUGACAAAGAGAAAAGUACUGUCAUUGGUAGCUAGAAUUUUCGACCCAUUGGGAUGGUUAUCACCAAUAACGGUGGUAGCAAAAUUGAUCGUUCAGAAGCUGUGGCUGUUAAAUAUAGAUUGGGAUGAGACGAUACCCGAGGAAAUUUUGACGCAAUGGCUAGAAUUCGCAAAUCAUUUGGAUUCUCUUCAUAAAAUAAAAAUCCCUAGAUGGCUGGGUACAUCGACAACUACAAAGUUCGAGCUUCAUGGCUUUUCAGACGCGUCCGAGAAAGCAUAUUCCGCAGUAAUAUUCAUUAAAUGUGAAAUGAGGGUGACUUUACUAACUGCCAAAAGUAAGGUCAACCCAAUCAAAAAUAAAAAGACGCUGCCAAAAUUGGAGCUGUGUGGUGCACAUCUGUUGGCGAGAUUGUUGAAUAGGGCAGAGAAAAUCAUAGGAAGAGAGACGAACGUGUUUGCAUGGACUGAUUCAACAAUCACACUGGGGUGGAUCCAAAAUAAUCGUAGCAAGGACAAAUUCAUUAAGAAUAAGGUGCAGGAUAUAAAUGUGCUUGUACCAACAGCAACAUGGAGAUAUGUUGGCACAAAGGAAAAUCCAGCAGAUAUUGCAUCAAGAGGUAUUCAACCACAUCGGCUAAUGGACUAUAAGCUAUGGUGGAAUGGUCCUGAAUGGUUGCGGGAGCCUUCAAGUCAUUGGCCUGAACUACCACAGAGGACUGCAGUGAUAGCAUCGACGAUGGUAACAACAGAAGUAAAUUUUUUGGAUGAUAUAAUGACGAGAUACUCCAGGUUUUCUAAAAUGCGGCGUGUAGUGGCAUACGUCAUUCGAUUUAUUGAGAGGACAAGGAAUAAAAUCAAAAUUUCUGGUGGUUUAGCUGUCCAUGAACUUAUAGAAGCUGAAGAACAUAUACUAUCACGUCAUCAGCAAGUUAUGUUUUCUAAAGAAAUUAUAUCUUUAAAAAGAGGAUCUUUAAUUGAUCGAGGCAGCCGUAUAGUGGGACUACAUCCUUUCUUAGACAGAAGAGGCAUACUUCGAGUUGGUGGUCGACUGCAAAAUGCAAAUAUGUCCUUCAAUCAAAAACAUCCAAUUGUAUUGAAUAAAUCGAAUCUGACAGCCGCAAUAGUGCGAUCGUUUCAUCUGGCAACUUUACAUGGAGGAAACAGAUUGACUGAAACAUCCACAAAACGCAAAUAUUGGAUUAUUGGCUUGAAAGCAGCGAUAAAAAAGUGUAUACGAUCGUGUCCAAGAUGUAUACGGUACAAACAAGAGACAGCGAAGCAGAUAAUGGGUAACUUGCCAGAUUCGAGGGUUACAGCGAUGCAACCUUUCUUAUAUACAGGAGUGGACUACGCUGGACCUAUAUGGAUGAAGUGCUCCAGAAACAGAGGACAAAAGUGUUUUAAAGGAUACAUUGCUAUAUUUGUCUGCAUGUCAACAAAAGCAAUUCAUCUGGAAGCUGUGAGCGAUUUGGUUUGA